AAUGAUAGAAAAGUUUACAUUAAUUGUGUGAUUCGAUCAUCUAAAAUCAGAUUUUCAUUAUCAUCACGUGAAAUGAACAAAACAAUGUUACGAAUAUUUAUUUCGACCGUAACGCUGUUGCUUUUAGCAAAUGUAUCAUACGCAGUAAAUUCUAUGGAAGACGAAGUUGGUGUUGGUAGAUAUGUCAUCGAAGGCCGAGUGUUUCCACCAGAAGAACAAGAUACUAGUAAUUGGCAAGUAGAUACAAGAAUACACGUAAACGGUGGUGAAUACAUUGGAUUUAUUAAAAACGACGGCUCCUUUAGUAUACACAAUGUCCCUUCUGGUUCAUACGUGGUUGAAAUUGCGCAUCCUGACUAUAUGUACGAGCCUGUACGCGUAGAAAUUAAUUCCAAAGGCAAAUUUAGAGCACGUAAAGUUAACUAUAUCCAAACAUCGCAGGUAAUACAAGUUCCUUAUCCUCUCAAAAUGAAGGCAUUCACAAAGUUCAGAUAUUUCCAAGUAAGAGAACAAUGGAGGUUGACAGACUUCUUGUUCAACCCGAUGGUUAUUAUGAUGGUGCUCCCAUUACUGCUCAUCAUGAUUUUACCCAAAAUGAUGAAUGACCCAGAAACAAAGGAGGACUUGAAGCAAAUAAGCAAUAUGGCUAAAAUGUCUGAACUUCCAGAGAUGUCCGAGAUGAUCACAUCAUUAUUCAAUGGUGGUGCUAAAGCAUCCACUUCUAAAGCAAAACAAAUUAAGAAGAGACAAUAGGAGUGUUAUUAUUUAGUCAAAUUUGUGUUACUAUAUAGGAAUAACUAACAAUAAAUUAUUUAAAUUA